AUGUCGAAGCGCCUAACAAAACGCUACCUGACGCCGUCUGACAAGUACGAAUGUCCACUGUCAGUGGAGACACAAGCGGUAGCGGAAGAAGAGCUGCGUGAGACCGAAAACUCCCGCUCCCAAGCACUUGAUUCGCUAAGGAAAUGGAUGGAGCAGAAUCCCAAGUUGAUGGCCGUUAGAUUGGAUUCUAAUUUCCUGCUCCGAUUCCUGCGCACUAAGAAAUUCAGCGUGCCGAUGGCCCAGGAGGCGAUUGAGCGCUAUGUGCUCCUGCGCCAGUCCUGGGGCAUCGCCUUCAACCAGCUUGACCACACGCUGCCUUCCAUGGCCGAACUAAUUGAUUUAGGAUAUAUUUUCGUGAGCCCAUACAAAGACAAAGCCGGCAGACGCGUUGUCAUAUAUAGACCAGGAGUAUUUGAUCCCUACAAAUUCACGAAUCAAGACAUGUGUCGUGUUAUGGCGAUUUGUUACGAAACGUUGAUGGAGGACGAAGAGUCCCAGGUUCGAGGGCUUGUGCACUUCGCCGAUGGCGGCGGUGUCGGCUUCCCACACCUCACGCUAUUCACGCCGAAGGAGGCUGUCAGGAUCGUCAAAAACGGUGAACGCACAAUUCCACUGAGGCACAAGGAGAUCUAUGGCGUCAACGUUCACCCCACCAUUAAGUUUGCGCUGGACUUCGGUAUGGCGCUCAUCUCGGAAAAGAUCAGGAAACGAGUGAGACUGUACACAGCAGUUGAAGAGAUAGAGCUGGACAAGAGUUUGCUGCCGCAAGAGUACGGAGGAACCAUGCCAAUGAAAGAAAUGAUUGAAUUAUGGAAGAAGGAACUCGCAAGCAAACGCGACAUUCUGUUAUUGAACGACAAAAUGGCGGUGCGCCUGGAAAUGUACAGCGAAGCGGCGAGGGAAGGUGCGGUGUCAGCACUAAGAGCGGGAAACAACAGCUGUUCGGGAGCGGACACAGUUGGCGACGCCAUGCGGGGGCUCACUGGCAACUUCAGAAAACUCGAAGUAGAUUAA